UGAAACAACUAGCAUGACUUGUAUCGAGGUCGAGGUGAACAUCCAAAUAGUGAUGGUGUGUUCUAUGGAUUUAUGGAUUAGGUUCAAUGGUAAAGACUGAUAUCUGAAAUGGCAAUGGGGUAUAAGGAUGUCCGUGUGAAAGUUUGGUGGUUAUUUGUUUGGCGAAAUUAAAAUUUAGGAUUUUCAUUUUUGUUUGGCGAUGGGCACUACCCAAUUGCUGAGUUCUUUCUAUGACAAUAGCAAAGGAUUAGAAGUUAUAUAUACUAGGAAUAUCCAUCUUUUCCUAGGUUAGGGGAGUUGCUUACCUUGCACCUCGAAGAUUUAGUAGGACACUAGGACAUCAGGCUUCUAAGAAUUUUGGGGAUUUCCUGGGUAUUGUCUGCAUCCAACCAAACAACACCGAUGGUUAAUUUUGAAGGGACUAAUUCGAUUGUUAAUUUUCCCCAAAUUUUAUCCCGGGGGUGUAAGAAGAAACUCAGAAGUUACAUUCGAGGGUUGUUUUGUACAUACCCAAUUUGAUUUGAAGGCUAAUUUUUGUGAGUGAGUGAGUAGUGUUUGAUUUUGGGGAUUAUUGUUGGAAUUAUGAGUUUUCAAGCUCAGAUUGAUCGUAGAGAUCGUACAAGGUUUUCUGGACAACGCCAGCAAACCCAGACCCAGCAGUGGGUUGCAAGAGGUCCUGGGAUCUUGAGCUCCCCGCCGUCAAACUUUAAUGUGGAUGCUGGUCGAAGCGACGACAAUGUCUUUGAGAGGCAGGGGCAAGUGGAUGGUAGAGAGAGGCAGGGGCAAAUGGAUAACAGAGAGAGGCAGGGGCAAACAGAUAACAGAGAGAGGCAAGGGCAAAUGAACAGUAGAGGGGGUCGAGGAUUUAGAGGUGGUGGUGGGGGUCGUAGUUAUAUGGGUCGACCACAUUAUCUAAGAAGAGAGCGAAAUGAGCCAAGGGAGGGCGUGGGAGAGAGAGGAGGAGCAGUUAAUAAGGAAAAAAGUAAUCAGAAGAGAAAUGUUGUGGAUUCGGAUUUACCUCAGUUGGUGCAAGAAAUUCAGGAGAAGUUAAGUAAGGGGAUUGUGGAAUGUAUGAUUUGUUAUGAUAUGGUGAGGAGGAAUGCUCCUGUUUGGUCUUGCUCGAGUUGCUACUCUAUUUUCCAUUUGAACUGUAUUAAGAAAUGGGCUCGUGCACCUACUUCUGCUGAUACAUCUGCUGAGAAGCUUCAGGGAUAUAAUUGGCGGUGUCCUGGAUGUCAGGCAGUGCAGCAAACAACAUCUAAGGAUAUUCGUUAUAUUUGCUUUUGUGGUAAGAGACACGAUCCUCCAUCUGAUUUAUACUUGACACCGCACUCUUGCGGUGAGCCUUGUGGAAAAUCACUAGAGAGGGAACUUCCUAGAGCUGAUUUAAGCAAGGAGGAUAUGUGUCCCCAUCUUUGUGUGUUGCAGUGCCAUCCUGGUCCUUGUCCACCUUGCAAGGCUUUUGCUCCUCCUCGCCCUUGUCCUUGUGGUAAGAAAGUAAUUACAACGAGAUGUUCUGAACGGAAAUCUGUUUAUACUUGUGGUGAGGUAUGCAAUAAGAUUCUUGAAUGUGGGCGUCAUCACUGCUAUCAGAUUUGUCAUGUGGGUCCGUGUGAGCCUUGCCAGGUUCCCAUAGAUUCCUCUUGCUUCUGUAAGAAGAAGUCUGAGGUGGUUAUUUGUGGAGAAUUGUCAUUGAAGGGAGAGAUAAGGCCGGAUGAUGGUCUUUACUCUUGUAGUUCUACAUGUGGAAAGAAGUUGAAAUGUGGAAACCAUGUUUGUGCUGAAAUAUGUCACCCAGGUCCUUGUGGGGAGUGUGAAUUCUUGCCCAGCAAAGUAAAGACAUGUUAUUGUGGCAAGACAAACCUUAGGGUUCGGCGAAGGAGCUGUCUGGACCCAAUUCCUACAUGUUUAGGUACUUGUGGCAAGCUUCUUCCUUGUAAUAAACAUUACUGUAAGGAUAAGUGUCAUGCUGGAAAUUGCUCUCCUUGCUCCGAGCUAGUCACUCAGAAAUGCCGUUGUGGUUCAACUUCUCAAACUGUGGAAUGCUAUAAGACCACCCUUGCCAGUGAGAAAUUUGUCUGUGAUCGGCAAUGUGGGCGUAAGAAGAAUUGUGGAAGGCAUCGGUGUAGUGAGCGCUGUUGCCCCCUUUCUGAUUCUAGAAACACUGUAUCUGGUGAUUGGAACCCACACUUUUGUUCCAUGCCUUGUGGAAAGAAGUUGAAAUGCGGGCAACAUUCUUGUGAAGCCUUCUGUCACUGUGGUCAUUGUCCUCCCUGCAUGGAAACUAUUUUUACUGACCUUACAUGUGCAUGUGGAAGGACUUCAAUCCCGCCACCCCUACCUUGUGGGACCCCUCCUCCCUCAUGCCAAUAUCCAUGUUUAGUUCCCCAGCCUUGUGGCCACCAAUCUACUCACAGCUGUCAUUUUGGAAAUUGCCCUCCUUGUUCAGUUCCCAUAGCGAAGGAAUGUGUUGGUGGACAUGUGGUUCUUCGCAACAUUCCUUGUGGGUCAAAGGACAUAACUUGUAACAAACUUUGUGGAAAGACUAGGCGAUGUGGACUGCAUUCUUGUUCUAGGAGUUGCCACCCGGCACCAUGUGAUCCAUCUUGCGGACCGUCAGAUCCUACUGUAAAGGGUUCUUGUGGACAAGUAUGUGGUGCUCCGAGGAGAGACUGUAGACACACUUGUCAAGCUUUUUGCCACCCUACAACUCCUUGUCCCGAGUCAAGAUGUGAAUUUCCUGUGACAAUCACAUGCUCUUGUGGCAGAAUUACUGCAGCAGUGCCUUGUGAUGCUGGGGGAAGCAAUUUAGGCUUUAGUGCUGUGAAUGUGCUUGAAGCUUCUACUCUACAGAAGCUGCCAGCACCACUUCAGCCGGUGGAAGCAAAUGAGAAAAGAGUUCCGCUUGGACAGAGGAAACUCAUGUGUGACGAUGAAUGUGCCAAGCUUGUGAGGAAGCGUGUUCUUGCAGAUGCUUUUGAUAUUUCUCAGCCUAGUCUGGAUGCUCUUCAUUUUGGUGAGAAUGCAGCUGUUUCACAAGUGGUUUCAGAAUUACUUCGCCGUGAUCCAAAAUGGGUACUUGCAGUGGAGGAGAGAUGCAAACACCUGGUACUUGGUAAAGGCAAAGGAUGUAGUGGUAGCAAUAUUAAAGUUCAUGUCUUUUGUCCAAUGCUGAAGGAGAAGCGAGAUGCAAUCCGUAUAAUAGCGGAGAGAUGGAAACUCUCAAUCAAUGCUGCUGGUUGGGAGCCUAAGCGUUUCAUUGUGGUUCAUGCCACUGCUAAAUCCAAAGCUCCAGCUCGUAUUAUUGGGCCCAAGGGUUCACCUGCAGUGAGUGCCAACCACUCACCUGUUUUUGACCCUUUGGUGGAUAUGGAUCCUAGGCAUGUUGUUGCCCUGCUUGACCUCCCAAGCGAUGCAGACAUCAGCACAUUGGUUCUGCGGUUUGGUGGUGAGUGUGAACUGGUGUGGUUGAAUGACAAGAAUGCUCUUGCUGUUUUCAGUGAUCCUGCUCGUGCAGCAACUGCUAUGAGAAGGUUAGAUAAUGGAUCUGUCUAUCAAGGGGCUGCUGUCGUUCAACAUAUUGGUGUUGGAGCCACUGCAGCAUCUGCUUGGGGAGGGGCGGCAGCUUCUUCUGCUCUCAAGGGUAAUCCCUGGAAAAAAGCUGUUGUAAAGGAAUCUAAUAGCUGGGUUGAAGAUUCAUGGGGUGAGGAGGACUGGUCCGGUGGCAGUGUUACUGCUGAUGUUGGACCCUCUACAUCAUCUAAAGGUCGUGAGGCCCCAGUUACUUCGACAACAAACCGAUGGACAGUUCUGAAUCCCGAUUCUUCUUUGAGCUCAAUAGAGUCAUCAGCAAGAGCUUUGGACUUUGUCAAAAGAACUGCAGCUGCUGAACCCACUUCUGAGAGGGAAAUGAAGAGUGUGCCAUCAAGCAGUUCAACUGUCCAGCUUAUGGGCACUCCUGAUGACAAUGCAGAAGUUGCAGACGACUGGGAAAAGGCUUAUGAGUGAUUCAAUGUACUUUAUUAUUCUGUUAGUAGUCGAGGGCUGGUAUUUUCACAUUUACUUAAUUUUGAAGAGAACAUGAGAUUGUGAAAUCAGGCCUUUUUUGGCCACAAAGUGCAGUUUGCCUUUUUUUUUUUUUUUUAAAAAUUUUUUUUUUUAUUUAUUUUUACUGUGAAUAUGAUUCCUUGGAUUUGUUGUCACUUGUCAGUUGUCAUAGGUGCUCAGCAUAUCUUCUCUAACUUCAAUUAUGCUAUUAUUUAAGAGUUCAUUCCUUUGCAA